AUGCGCCUAUGGAAAGGAAACCCACCGAACGAAGUAACCAAGGAAAAUCCUUUUGGUACAAGAAUUAUAUAGAGUUGGCUAAAUGCAGUUGGCGCGUCCACCCUAUCCUUCUGAAAAUCUCAAUUAUCAAUAGCAGACAGAGAACAAAACUUCUUUCUUUUUCUAGGCCAAAAAAAAUGGGUCCGACAACGUCCGAUGACAGAUCCCAAAUCUGCUUCUUCGAUUUAGAAACCACCAUCCCUGGACGGCGGGGCCAAGGCUUUGCCAUUCUCGAAUUCGGAGCCAUUUUAGUUUGCCCCAGAAGGCUCGUGGAGCUUGACAACUACUCCUCCCUGGUCCGACCCGACGACCUCUCUUAUAUUUCCCCUGCCUCCGUUCGCUGCAACGGUAUCACCCGAGACGACGUCGCUGUGGCACCUUCCUUUUCCGAAAUCGCCGACAAAGUCCACGACUUUCUCCAUGGAAGGGUUUGGGCUGGGCAUAAUAUAGUGAGGUUCGAUUGCGUGAGAAUAAAGGAAGCGUUUGAGAAGAUUGGUAGGCCGGCGCCGGAGCCUAAGGGAAUUAUUGAUUCAUUGGCGUUGUUGACUCAAAGAUUUGGAAGGAGAGCCGGUAACAUGAAGAUGACCACUCUUGCAAACUAUUUUGAGAUUGGAAAGCAGACACACAGGAGCCUGGAUGAUGUUCGCAUGAACCUUGAAGUUCUCAAGUACUGUGCAACAGUUUUGUUCCUGGAGUCAAGCCUCCCAGAUAUACUCACAGCAGACAUUGCAAUUUCCCCAGGACCAACAACAAGGAGUAGUAUUAAUAGCAAGUCAUCUCCUGAGGGACCUAGCCCAAACAUGCACACCCUUUCUUCAAGUUUAAUGUCUCAAAAUGUUCCAAAUUUAUCUCCAAUUGAACUAGAAAAUGGUGAACACCAUUCUAUAAUCUCUCUUCUGACUAGCCACACUGGAGUCGUUAAUUCAGAUGCAUCUGAUCCAGCUCAACCAGAUCCAUUUGACAUGGGUCUGCUCAGAAAUGAAAUAAAAACAGAGGCUCUUCAAUCAGAUGUCACCAUGGAAGAAAAACCUGAGCUAGAGUCUCCUAAGAUGUCUCCAGCAACAGCUAUUGCUGAAGGUUGCAGUGGUUUUGCAGGAUUCCUAGAGCCUGAUGAAGUUUCUAUAACUUCUAUCAGUGCAUCUCUGAUACCAUAUUAUCGUGGCACCCGCCAAAUAAAAUUGUUGCAAGAAGAUGUUGCUUUGCAGCUUUUUUGUUCUUGUUUGAGAGUGCGAUUUGGAAUCAGUACAAAGUUUGUUGAUCAGGCUGGUCGGCCACGUUUGAGCUUUGUGGUUGAUGCUUCUCCAAGUUUAUGUAGGGUUCUGGAUGCUUGUGAUUCUGUUGCAAAGAAACUUUCGGAGGAUUGUGGAAGCAGUUCUGAGUGGAGGCCUGUUGUGACCAGGGAUUAUCAUUACAUCAACAGCUCAACUGUGAGACUGCACCUACCUACUGUAGUCAAUGGGGAUGUUGCCCGAUAUGCCACAGAGAUACAUCAGAAAGACUGCUCUGGUACAGUGCAAAAACUUGUGUUUAGCAAAUUUGAUGCUGCAGAGCUUGGUAACAUAUUUAGAAAAGGGAUCUUUGUGGAUGCAUUCGUCAGCUUGGAUACUUAUGAUUAUCAGCAGAGCGCAGGUAUUCGUUUGGUGGCUAAAAAAUUGGUUAUACAUUCUGACUAGUUGGAGUAGAAAGGUAAAUUUCAGAUUGUUUCCAGAUAUGUAAUAGUGUUGUCUAUGUUAGCCUGACCCCAUACAUAUGAUUUGAUUUCUCACAUUCAUUCCUUUAGGAUGACAAAGCUCACUGAUACUUUGUACCAAAAAUGUAAAAGAGAGAGAUUGAUACUACUACUGACAAUUUAUGUAAUUGCAAUUUAACUCUAA